AUGUGGACCAGGGUAUUCCCUAAUUUCAUUUGUAUUCUUGUUGUGGUGACGAAUUGUCUAGACGCUGAUGGUGGGAUCGUACUAAGGAAAACGCCCCGAUUCAAGAGUGAUUUCCGAACGGACAUUUUGAGCUUCGAAAAUGCUGAUGAAGGAGGCGACUUCGCUAAAUCAGGUGCCGCUUUUAACUGGAAACCAGACACUGAUAAUAUGAUAGUCGAACAGCCACAGCAUAAGACAACAACCACUGGUCAAGUCGAUUUGCAUCCGGUAAAAGGACUCCAAUCUUUCAUCGAAGAGUUAGUCACCCAGAUCUUAGUGAACAAUUCAUGGACUGAAGGACCUCCCUCAGAUGAAAACGCUUUUGAAAAUCCAACGUCCGCUUUUUUCAGCCUUCUGGAGCAGAUGGGACAGACGCCCCCUGAAAAGCAGGCGCAUAUGAGAGGAAGUACAGUGAGCAGAAAUUCGUCAAAGAAAAGAUUGCACUCCAGAACCAAAAGAGCUUUCCCUCUGUUUGGGUUUCUAAGUUUUCUUAUGCUGUUGCUGAACAGCUUCCUCUUGAUCAACCAGAACAUCAACAUCAACAAUAACAAUAACAAUAAUAAUAACAACAAUAACAACAAUCUCAACGAAAAUGUGAACAUGAAUGGUAAGAGUCUUUCCAGGUCACUCUCUUCCACGGAAAUGCUUGAUUCUCCUGAUGAUUUUGUCAACUGCGAGGGCUAUGACAACGGAUAUAAAGACCUGGAUAACGGUGAGAAGCACUGCCGCAAUAAGGAAAGAGAUAGGAAGAAGAAGAAGAGAUCGGUGGAACCUGAUAAAGAGAAACAACACUCCGAUUCCUUUUUCAGAGCGGGUAGCGGAAGAGCGUUAGCGUCCACCAAAACCCGCCACAUUAGCCAGAGAAGUUCCUCUGUCUUCAGUCUUCUGAAUUUCCUUUUGGUGGUGUUCAACGCAAUCAUCAACGUCAUAAAUAACAUUAACAACAACAAUAACAACAAUAAUAACAAUAACAACAAUAACAAUAACAAUAACAACAACAGCAACGAAAACAACAACACAAAGAAACGUCGGGAUGUUUCUCCGAGUUUUAUAGAACUGCUUUCUCAGCUUGACAGGUUGUCCAUGGCUGUAGAAGUCGAGGCGUUAACUAAUCCAGUCACCAAAGACGUCCCAAAGACGAUAGUGAAUACUGAUGACGGGGAUUUCUCAAGCAAAACCAGACAUUAUCUCACAUCUGUGAAUCCUUUCAGUAAAUCUAAAAACUAUGACAGUAUUGAGCACUUCAAACAAGAGUGGCAUGGGUACUUUCUGAUUGAAUCUAAUAAUAUGUGA